AUGUCGUGGUUUGUUAAUUUAAAUGGAGGUUCACAAAAAUAUAAGACGACACGAUUAACUGUCGUCUGCGACUUUUUUCACGUUAUCAAAGUGAGUUUAUGUAAUGGAAUUGCUUUCAAGAACGUGAACAUUAAUGCUUCUAAUUAUCCAUUUGAUAAAAAACUAUACGAAGAUGUAUUGGAUCCGGAAUUGUGUCGAAGACAAUUAGAUUUUUUAACGCAAAAUAACACCGCUUUAAUGUUUCGAUUUCAAGAUGCUAGUGCAAGACUACCAAGAGGAAUAUUACAGGGAAACUUUGUUGACUUGGGCAAUUAUCAUCAAUGCUUGGAAAUAAAUGAAGGUGCAGAAAAUAUGAAUAUUCAAGGAAAAUAUUGCAUGGCGAGAGUAUCGGCGGUCGAUAACUCACAAAUGAUUAAUUUUCUUUCCAAAUUGCCUUCUUUUGAUACUAAAAAUAUAGUAGAUAAGAUGAUGACCGCAAGGGUUAAUGAAUAUGUAAAACUAGAAGGAAGCUUUCAACCAAUUUUUGGUAUAACUGACCGUAAUAUAAGGGUUGGUGCAGAUAAUCCUAUGUCACUGGUUCAAUCAGGAUUUGGCAUGUGUAUACCAGCAUCUUGCACAACGCAAGAAGCUUUAUCCGCCUUUUUCUUUAACUUGACUGGAACAGGAAUUAGUGUGAAUGAAGAUUUUUGUCGCCUUCCGAAUGAUAAGCCAUGGGUACCAGCAGAUUAUGUUGCAAUUGUGGUGUUUUCAACAAUUGGACUGCUAGUCAUAGUUAGCACGAUCUACGAUGUUUGUCUGAGAUUACUUCUCAGAAAAGAUCCAAAAGACAUAAACGUCCUUUACAGUUCAUUCUCCGCAUAUACCAAUGGUCGACGAUUGCUUACAUUCAAAUCGAGUCCCAAUUCGUUGUAUUGUAUUGAUGGUAUCAGAGCUUUGGCAAUGUUCUGGGUCAUCGCUGGGCACAAUAUUUUUUCUGUAGCUUUCAGCUUCAAUCGACUUGAUGGUUUUCAAUGGUUAAUAUCUAGGAAGGCUUUCUGGAUCACAUCGGCUCCUAUCACCGUUGAUACGUUUUUCAUGAUAAGUGGUCUUCUUGUCGUCUACACUACCGCAGGAAAACUAAAUAACAUUCAACUAAUAAGAAAUCUGCCAAUUUUCUACCUGAGUCGACUUCUCCGAAUGUUUCCAAUACUUGCCGCUAUGAUACUUUACUUAGUAUCUUUCCACAAUCGCAUUGCGGACGGUCCUAACUGGAAUACACAGGCCGCGAAUGUGCUCACUUGUAGGCAAUAUUGGUGGUCCGCAUUAUUGCAUAUACAAAAUUGGUACAAUCCCAAGUCUACGUGUCUUGCAGAGACCUGGUAUCUGUCUGUUGAUGUUCAGUUGCACAUAUUGUCACCGAUAAUAUUGUACUGGGUGCUAACUGGCAGAAAACUAUGGGCAUGGACUGCAUUAACUCUUGGUUUGUUAACAUCGUUAGCUGCUGCUACUGCAUAUAAUUUUGUUAAGAACUUUCAAUCAGGGAUAUUUUCACAAAACCUCAACGAAAUUGAAAACUACCAUAUCUACUAUUACAUUAAUACCCUAACUCGCGCAUCUCCAUUUUUCGUGGGUAUGAUUUUUGGUUACAUAUUACAUACAUGGAAAGGAAGACGCUUACAAGUUAAUAAGAUAAUUAUUUUCAUUACUUGGAUAUGUGCGUUGGCACUUCUUGGAUUCAUGAUUUAUUGCGUACGUUUGAAUUUGGAAAAAGACUGGGACAAUCAAUUGGUGGACAACAUUUUAAAUUCCUUUAUGAGACCCGCUUGGGCUAUGGGACUUGGAUGGGUAAUCUUUGCUUCUGAGAAAGGCCAUGGAGGUACUUGUAGCAAUAUUUUUACGGAAGGACCAAUAAACUGGUUUCUAUGUCUUGAUAUCUGGAAGUUACCAGCACGUUUGUCAUACGCUAUGUAUUUGAUACAUUUAACUGUAAUCACCACAAAGUAUUCGGCUGCAAGUGUACAAAAUUACUUCUCAGUAGAAAAUAUGAUAUUUGACAUAACAACAUUCUUAAUCAUUACAAUGAUGAUUGCAUUCGUGGCGACAGUGGCUAUUGAUGCACCAUUCAACACAUUAUUCAAGCUUUUACUUUUUAAAGGAUUUAUUCCAAAAAAACAAAAAGCAACAGUUUCAAAACAGUUCUUAGAGACAGUUAAUGAUCCGAAUAUAGCGGAAAAUGAAAGUGAAUUAACCUCGAAGAAGUAAACAAUCAAAGGAUGUACAUAAUAUUU